AUGGGUUUCCGCCUCCGCCCCCCGAAGACGACUCGCGAUGUCGUGCCCCAGAAGCCAGCAAAGGGGCACUACUUCUUCGCGCACCGGGAGUUCCCCCGCGUGCCCUGGUGGAAGCGCAAGAACAUGCGCAACCUAUACAUCUACAUCGUGCUGCUCAUUCUCACCAACACGGCCAACGGCUUCGACGGCUCCAUGAUGAACGGUCUCAACACGCUCUCCUACUGGCAGGAAUACUUCAACUACCCGCGCGGCGCCAUCCUGGGCCUCUUCAACGCGUCCAUGAGUCUGGGCUCGCUGAUCGGCCUGUUCUUCGUCCCGUACCUGAUCGACUGGCGCGGCCGUAAGAUCGGCCUGCUGAUCGGCUCCCUGAUCAUGUUGCUGGCCGUGGGCCUGCAGUCGGGCGCGCGCAACUUUGGCAUGUUUGUCGCCGCGCGCAUCGUCAUCGGCUUUGGCGACUGCAUCGUGCUGGGAAGUGCGCCGCUGCUGAUUGCUGAGAUUGCGCAUCCGCAGGACCGUGCCGUGCUCGUGACGUUGAGCGGUGCGUCGUACCAUUCGGGGGCGUUCAUCGCCAGCUGGGUCACUCUGGGCACGUUGUCUAUCGAAAGCGACUGGUCCUGGCGUCUUCCCAGUCUGCUGCAGGCCAUCUUCACCGUGGUCAUCGUGGCCGGCGUGUACUGGAUGCCCGAGAGCCCGCGUUGGCUGAUCUACAAAGACCGCCACCAGGAGGCUCUCGACGUGCUGAUCAAGUACCACGCCGAGGGCGACGAGCACGACGAGUUCGUGCAGCUCGAGUACGCCGAGAUCAAGGCGGCCAUCGCGCUCGACAAGGACAUCGGCCACACCGGCUGGGUCGACUUCCUCCGGUCCAAGGGCAACCGCAAGCGCAUCGCGCUCAUCACGGCCCUGGGUCUCUUCAGCCAGUGGAGCGGCAACGGGCUCAUCUCCUACUACCUCAAGUAUGUCAUGGACAGCGUGGGCAUCACGGACGCGCAGACGCAGCUCGGCAUCAACGCCGGCAUGAAGACCGAGGGUCUCGUCACGAACUUUGUCUUUGCCUUCUUCAUCGAGCGGUUGGGACGGCGCCCGCUGUAUCUGGCCUCGACCAUCGGCACGUUCCUCGUCUUCAAUGCGUGGACGAUCGUCUCGGCGCGGUAUGACAUUGCGCCUAACAAGGCCCUGGGCUAUGCGUUUGUCUUUUUUACGUUUUUGUACGGCGUCUUCUACGACAUCAAAUCCGGCCUGAUGGCAACCUACACCACCGAAAUCCUCCCCUACGGCCUCCGCGCCAAGGGCUUCACCUGGCUCAACUUCUGCGUGACGGCCGCGCUCUUCUUCAACCAGUACAUCAACGCGAUCGCGCUCGACGCCAUCCACUGGAAAUACUACAUCGUGUACUGCGUGUUCCUGGCCUUCGAGGUGUGGGUCAUCUUCUCGUUCCUGAUCGAGACGCGCUACACGCCCAUGGAGGAAAUCGCCAAGUAUUUCGACGGCGAGAGCGCCGUCGAUGUUGGCGAGGUCGCCACGGCCGAUAUGAAGGAGCGCGGGCUGGAUAUGGAUACGGUCAAGGGGGUGUCGGUGCAUGUCGAGAAGCAGGGGUAG